GGCUGCCGAGCUUUUUACCAUUGAACCACGGAUCAUUGAUGAUCCUCAUCAUAUCAUGAUCAUAAGGUCAGAUUUUGCAAUUACUAUUAUUAUUUAUUGUAAUAUACCUUGGCUGCAAAACACCUACUGUGCCAUAUCAGGGCCUAAUGGAGAGCUGUAAAAAAAUCUUUAGUGUCAAAAAUUGCAGAUAUAUAUUUGCUUAAAUUUUGUUUUAAAUCCUCAGAAAGGAUACUAAGAAACUUAUUUAUCUCAUAUUGCAUACACGUGAUAUUUUUAUCAAUAUGUCGAUAACUAAUCUUUCAUUCAAAGGUAUUUAUACCCUUCAUUCGACUAUUUACCGAUUCCAAUAAACUUGUAACAUUCUGAACUUAUUUGAUACUAUUAAUAAUUCCAGUGACCUUGUUCUUAUCUAUUAGUAAUAAGGAUAAACCAAAUAUGAAGGUACCAUGUAUAAACGAAUAUAAGCAAGGAAAAAUAUCGAAGUCACGUAUUGAACGUUUACCGUUAACCAUUAAUGGUACGGAUUAAAUAACAUCUCUAGAGACAUGAGACAAAUUUUCUAUUAUGCAUUGUAUUGUCUAAAUGAUUAUAGCAUACGAUGUUGAUAUGUGCUGAGUUUAACCACAUGGAACCAAUGUUUUCUAGCGUCAUAUAACAGACAUUGUGUGUGAUAGUCCGUAGGGUGCGGGCCGCGGCUGCGCGGGCGCUGAGCGCUGUUUGACAUAAACAGAAGCGCGACAUCGCGCAGGCUCAUUCAAUCAGUUGUCACCCAGUUACCAUCACGGCAACCCGCCCCGGGCUAUGGUUAAUGCGUUUCUAUGGGCUCACUGUUGGGCUCCAAAGACCUUUUUAUACGACGGCCAAUGACCGACCAGCCGGCCGGCGAAAUUAAACGUACCGAGCCAGUCACGUGCCCGGGGUGAGGCGCGGCGGGCGGCUUGUCAGCAGCCAAACCUUCUCUUAUAAGAUGCACAUUCGCCUCUGCAUAGGUGUGGAGCCUGCUGGACGAAGCGGUAUGCCUUCGCGCGAACUAACCGACUCGAUCUCUCGCUAAUCUUAGUUUUAGUGAACAAGACUCACUAGAGUGCCAUGUAGGAUGUCUCACAGCAGCCUCAGUUGUCACUACGACAGCUUCCUCCCGUCAGAUUCAUCCCUAGAAACAGACGCACUCAACCGCCAUUGCAGGAAUGGAAGAAUUUCACAACAAGCAGAAGGGCCAUCACGGCGCAAGAGCAACCUACACAAUGCCAUGGCAGCGGAAAUGGAUAACUCUUGGGAUCGACCAACACACAUCGAAGGCAGAUAUAAAAAAUACUCAACUACAUCAUCCAUCUACUCGAAGAAAGCUUUUUCACAGCAAAGCGAACACAUCGAAAGAUCCUGGUGGUACGCUUGCUGCGCGAAGUGUCAUCAAGAAGAAUCCGGGAUUCCAUCGUGGGAACCACCUAACUGGCAGAAAAUAUGCCCAUACCCCCUUUGCCCUUCAUAUCGCCAAUUCGCACAGACGUUAUCUGUGUUUAUAAUAGGUAUACUGGUCUGGAUGAUAGUAUGGAUAAUCAUGGGAGAUACAGUGGCCCCGGGUGGGCAAAUGUUUACCCUAGCGGCUAUGACUAUAGCAGCCCACUUUGGAGGGUGGCUCAUGUUGAAAAUUACCACUUUGCCUCAACUGAUAGGCAUGUUAAUAGUGGGCUUAAUACUCAAGAAUAUAGGCUUCGUGAAUUUUGACGAACACUACCUAAAAGUUUGCUCUUAUAUCAGAAAAAUCGCUCUGACAAUCAUUUUAACCCGAGCUGGACUGGAUUUGGACCCACAUGCUAUGAAAAAGUUCUUCUUUACUGUCAUCAAGCUCGCUCUGGUCCCUUGGACAUUCGAAUGCGUUCUUUCCGCUGUUUUGGGACAUUAUUUCCUAGAUCUGCCGUGGGAUUGGGCUUUCCUUCUGGGCUCGAUAAUAGCUGCUGUGUCACCGGCAGUGAUAGUGCCGUGCUUGUUCCGGUUGCGAGGCAAGGGCUACGGGGUCUCCAAGGGCAUCCCAACGCUGGUCCUCGCCGUGUCGGGAAUAGACGACGCCGCUAGCGUCGCCGUCUUCGGGAUCGUAUCGUCCAUUAUGUUUUCGACAUCUUCUCUCACUAUGAAUUUAAUUCAGGGGCCACUUAGUAUCAUCGCUGGCAUAGCAGUGGGUGUACUCUGUGGGUACCUUCUCAAGUACGCACCGGAACGGAACGACGCAUUUUUGGUUCCACUAAGAGUAUUGCUGCUGCUCAGUGGGGGUCUUUUCUUCGUACUCGGAUCCGAAGAAGUCGGCUGGGGUGGCGCUGGACCACUCGCAGUUAUUGCUUUCGCUUUUGUAGCGUGCAAAAACUGGUCCGACCUGGGCUGGGAGUUGGAGGAUAAUCCUGUAGCAACGGCUUUCGAAAUUUUCUGGAUGUUCUUCGAACCCAUGCUGUUUUCAGUCACAGGAGCUCAAGUAGUUAUCGCCGAACUACCGAUUCGGUUAGUGUUAAUUGGGAGUGGAAUUCUGGUUGGGUGUGCAGUACUUCGUACCAUAGUGACGAGUGUGAGCGCAGUGCGGAGCAACCUCAAUACUAAGGAGAAGAUCUUCGUCGGCCUCGCCUGGAUGGCUAAAGCUACUGUACAGGCUGCUUUAGGUCCCGUGGCAAUCGACGAGGUCGGCAAGAUGACGGGCGUAGAUCCAGCGGCUUUAGAGACGCUCCGUGGAUACGCCGAGACGGUGUCUACCGUGUGCAUUAUGUCCAUAGUCAUCACGGCGCCUAUAGGUGCCAUCAUCAUCACGCUCACUGGACCCCGACUACUGUCCAAGACCACGAAGCCGCCUGUACUCGAAGGCUGGCGUCGCUCCCACCGGCCGUCCAUCCGCGACAUCUCCAUCAUCGACGAGGAGGAGGUGGCGGAGCGCGACGCGGAGGGCAGCCAGCAGUCGCCACCCGCGUCACCGACCAGCGCGCGUCUCUCCGCCACUGUCCCCGCCCCAACCGCCUUCAGUACCCCAACACCCAUCACCGUGCAGCCCAACAAGCUUACUUGAUCACACAACCUUGCGUGAUCUUACAGAGAUCGUCGCACUUAAAUACAACCACAUUCGAUGGCGCCAAUUUUAAACAGUUGCAGACCAGCGCGCGUCCCUCCGCCACUGUUCCCGCCCCGACCGCUUUCAGCACCCAGCACCCUAAACACCCAUCACCGUGCAGCACAACAAGCCGACUUGAUCACACAACCUUGCGUGAUCUAACGGAGAUCGACACACUUACUUACACCCACAUUCGAUGGCUCCAAUUGUAAACAGUUGCAGACCAGCGCGUGCCCUUCUGCCAUUUUUCCCGGUCCUACAGCCUUGGAAAUCAUCACACUUAGUGACACCAUUGCUAUUUUUAUUCUGUCUUAUUGUGCAGUUCAACAAGCUCACGACCUUGCAUGAUCCUACGGAAAUCAUCGCACUUAGACCAAUGCUAUUAAAUACAUGUUUUUAAUUUACAUAUCAUUUUCACUACAUAGGACUGUAGAGCGAUUCUGUGAAAUGAAAAUUCGCUUCCGUGUGCCAUGGUUUUUUAAACAUUAAUUCCAUUAUCCACAUGUGUAUAAAGUCACAAUAACACAGCAAAAUGUCGCAAAGACUGUUGAAGCAGCCAAUGGUAUCGAUUCUGACAUGAAUCUGUAAACUUAAAACUGAAUUUAACAUCAGUCUCUCGUUUUCAUUAUGUAUAGUAUAGAGAAUAACAAGGAUCACACUGUUGUCAAAUUUAAUUUUAGGUUAAGAGAGAUUAAGUGUGAAAAAUCGUUUAAACGAAACCAAAAGUGAGAUUGCAUGUUGCAUAGUAAAUGUUCUAAGUUUUUAUCAGUUAACGCUACUCAGAUGCCAUACAGUCUUACUUUGAAGCAGACGCCGUUCCAGAAACUGUUUUUAUACAUGGAUGAAUUUGUUUCUGUGUAUAAAGCGACCAGAUCCUGAAAGUAUUCGAGCGUACUUUUUGGUAACUGUCUAAGAGUAAUUUUGAUAUAAAUAAUAAGUGCUGUCUAAAUUUCACAGGGGACACUUGGCCUCAAGAACUCAGUGUAAAAUCCCUUAAUUCUUCUAAUAUUAACACAGAAUGCCCUUCUUGUAAUGAUUUGCAUCUUUAAUUAGUAUUGGUGAGUACGGGAUCAGUAAACGUUUGUUUAGUCUGUUGUAAUGAUUCUAUUUCAGAGAAAGGGAGAAUAGGAAGUGAAAACUUACUUCCAGUGAAUUUACUUUUAGUACAUGCGUAAACAAGAAAUCGAGCGAAUUUAAAUAUUCUUAAUCAUACCAACUUGUAAACAAUAUAUUUUUAAAACUUAUUUUCUGUAGAUAGUGCGAAUAUAAUCAAAUAAGCUUUAUCGCUUAUUGUAGAUACGAGAUAAGACCGAGAUCAAUACUGUUACUACUGACUACUGGACAUUAGAUUCUAUGGAGGUGCUGUUGUUGAUUAUUAAAAUUAAUCGUUGUUAUUCAGUUGUUGUUAUUAUAUUGAACCUUUGUUAAUAUAAUUUGGACCGUUAACAAUUAAUACCGUCCAUGCAGUGUACCGAAUUUGUGAAAAAGUAAAUAUAACACUUUUCACGUCCUGCAGUGCUCGCAGUGUGAUUUUAAAUUUAUUUUGCAUUCGUAUUCUUAAUUCAAAUCACGCCGUAAAUAACGCGGUGCAAGUGAGGUUAUUCUUACAAAAAAGCACUGCUGUGCUUAUAUAAUUUGUUUUCUUUUUAAUUAUGAGGCUGUCACAAAUGUUUAUAUUGGUGAACUACAAGUAGCCAUCUAUCUAUCCGAAGGACACUAACUUAAAUAUUUGAAAAUGAGCGAUAAUCUCUAUAAGUAUAUUUGUCGCAAACUUGUUUAUUCCGUAAAAUUAAAACACUAAAAGCCUAUACGACAAAUAACUUCACAAUUUUAUAAAUUACUACUUAUGUUUUUUUUUAAGUUAUUUAAACGAAUAUAAAGUAUUCUAGUUGUCUAUAAGCCGCGUACUUUAUUAAGUAGUUUUAUUGACCAAGAGUCGAGCAGCAAAAGUGAAAAGACAUUCGUGUAGCAGAGUAGAUAAAAUAAUUUAUAUUAAUAAGUCGCACUUAUGUGAUAAAAAGUAUACUUACAUACUUAAAUCUUCUUUCGAUGUCUUAAGUAGAGGAAACCUCGCUAUUAGUUUUAAUUAUAUUUAUUAUGGAAUAAUGUUACCAUACCGAUUUAGAAAUGUAUAUAAAAACUACAAUUUUUCAUAAUAAUUAUUAAAACUUUUUAUUAUUAUUGGUAUUGAUCAGAACAGUAUUGAUUGUUUAUUAAAAAAUAUUCAUUCAUCAAGAUAAUUUUAUUGAUGAAUGUUGGUACAGAGUUUAAUUAUAAGAUAUACGUAGAAAACAGUAUUUAUUGUUUUUGAUAUUACUGUAGUAAUUUUAUGAACAGUUAAUAUUAACGCUAAGUUAUAAAUGACGCUUUUAUGGUGUUUACUAUCACACUCUAUUUAAAUAAAAAGUCCUCUUUACAAAAACAAAGAUAAAUAAUGACAAAGUAAAAAGCUAAAGAAAUUAUUCCUAAUUAUAAAGAAAUAAAAUUUGCUGCAAUUGUUAUAUCGAAUACAUGUAAUUAAUUGUACUUAUAUCUACUAUUAUUGGUUUAUUUUAAAUAACUUAUAGGGGUCUACGCACAUGACGAUUCAGAUAAAUAAGGUCGUGUGGGUAAGCUCUAAAUGGGACCAAAAAACAAUUUAUUGAGUCUGUGAACUUUUAUUUAUAUUUCAUCUUAUUAUUAUAUCAAUAUGAAAAAUUGUUAUGAUAAAUGGAGAGAGGAGAAAGAAAUAAUUAAAUUAUUCAAUAAGAGAUCGUUCUUGUUUUUUAUUUAUCUUUUUUCCUUAAUUUAAAAAUGCACAACGUUAAUAUUCAAGUUUUCACUUCUGACGGCACUCCCGGAGUGCAACCCGUCGUUUCUUUUAGUUACUUGCCAUAGCUCAUAUUUUUGUACGAUGUCUCUUUAAAAUGUGUUAAUACAAAAAUGAAUACAAUAAGACCUGAUUGGUUUUGAUUUUAUUUUGACAUUAUGCAUGCCUUUCGAAAUAAAAAUCAAGCAGUUUAAUACUUAUUCAUUAAAGAUAAUAAAAUAUGACAUUAAAAUUAGGUGUUAACUAGAGUCUGUGCGGAAAGAGAAUGGGCGUGGCGAAAAACGGAACAAACAUUAAGAUUUUUAUAUGGCAAUCCAACCCUGCCUGGGUCGUCAAACGUCAAAGUUUUGUAUCGAUACGGAUUUGUUUGUUGUUGUGAUUUC